GAUUAGUGAAAUAUAAAUAAAAUCAGGCUUGAAUAUAAAUUAUUAUAAUGGACAAGCCUCAGAUAAUUCUUCACAUACAGAAAUCUGUCAAUUACACAUUGUAUGAUGCAAAGUGGAUACCUUGUAGUGCUAAAUUUGUAGCGCUUGGUAACUAUCCGCGAGGUACAGGUGCACUACAGAUUUAUGAAGUUUCACAUGGAGAUGUUGCACUCAUUAAAGAUGUUGAAAAGUCUAAAUCCUUUAAGUGUGCCACAUUUGGUGCAUCAAGUAUUCAAAACCGAUUCCUAGCAACUGGAGAUUUUUCUGGAAAGCUACAAAUAUGGAAUUUGGAAUCAUUAGAUCUCCCUGUAUAUUCAGCCCAAGCACACAAGGAAAUUAUCAAUUGUAUAGAUGGAGUGGGGGGUCUUGGCAUAGGAGAAGGAGCUCCUGAAAUAGUGACGGGCAGCAGAGAUGGUACUGUUAAAGUUUGGGAUCCACGGCAAAAAAAUGAUCCUGUUGCAACCAUGGAGCCUGGGGAGGGAGAAACAAAGCGAGAUUGCUGGGCUGUUGCAUUUGGAGAUUCUUAUAGUGCUCAAGACCGAUGUGUUGUAAGUGGAUACGACAAUGGAGAUGUUAAACUGUUUGAUCUAAGAAAUAUGGCUCUAAGAUGGGAAACAAAUGUUAAGAACGGGGUUUGUUGCUUAGAAUUUGAUAGAAAAGAUAUUCCAAUGAAUAAACUUGUAGCUACCACCUUGGAGUCCAAGUUUCAUGUUUUUGAUAUGAGGACACAGCACCCAUCCAAAGGCUUUGCUAGUCUUACUGAAAAGGCACACAAGUCUACUGUAUGGCUGGCCAGACACUUACCACAGAACAGAGACGUGUUCAUGACAUUGGGUGGUAAUGGAUCUUUAAAUUUAUGGAAAUACUCCUAUCCAUCAUCACGAUCAAGGAAGGACACGGAAGGCCAUGAAGUGGGUGUGGCAGGAACAGUUGAUUUGUUACAGAAUGUUACUCUAUCUACUCAGCCAGUCAGCAGCUUUGACUGGAGCCCAGACAAAAUGGGUUUAUCAGUCUGUACAUCCUUUGACCAGACUCUGCGUGUCAUCAUCACAACAAAGCUGAAUACACUUUAAAUCAUGUGCACAUCAUACCAAUUGACAUUGCUCCUACUUGAAUGACUUUCAUUGUUCACUUCCAAUGGAUAACUUAUGUGUGGAUUUUAAAAUUUAUUCAUUUAUUUAUUACUUGAGUGGUACAAUCUGCUGAGUUGCUUCAUGUCACACACAUAAGAUCACAUUUUUAGUUGUUCACUUUCAUGAUAAUGAAAAUUUGUUCAGCUUUGUUAUUAUAUUUUAUUAAAAUCUC